AUGCUCCCCGGCACGGGCGCCCUGGCCUUGCUGCUGCGCUGCAUCCUGCUCCUGGUGGCCUCCGGCAGCCGUGUCCGGGCUCGGCCGGACACGUUCUGCGAUUUCAACGGCAAGAAGUACAGCCCGGGGGAAAGCUGGCCCCCCUACCUGGAGCCGCAGGGACUGAUGUACUGCAUCCGCUGCGCCUGCUCCGAGAACGCCAACAUGAGGUGCUAUCGGAUCCAGUGCCCGGCUCUGCAGUGCGCCAGCCCCGUCACGGACCCGCAGCAGUGCUGCCCGCGCUGCCUCGAGCCCAAUUCACCUUCUGGCCUGCGGGCGCCUGUGAAGUCCUGCCAGUACAACGGGACGACGUACCAGCAAGGCGAGACGUUCACGGCGAGCGAGCUCUUCCCCAGCCGCCAGCCCAACCAGUGUGUGCAGUGCAGCUGCUCCGAAGGACAGAUUUACUGCGGCUUGGUGACCUGCCCUGAGCUGUUGUGCUCCUCUCCCCUAACUGUGCCGGAUUCUUGCUGCCCGGUCUGCAAAGAUGGCUCAUAUGAGAAGUCCACAGAAGAGGAGCCCUUGCAGUUAAACAGAGGUGUUAGGCACUCGCAAGACCAGUGCUCGGGGGAAGCAAUGGGCAGGAAGCCUCUUGGAGCCACCGCGUCCACCAUCCUCAGUUCUUCCCUGGAGUUCAUUCCCAGGAACUUCAAGCCCAAGGGAGGAGGUGGCACCACUGUCAAGAUUGUCUUGAAAGAGAAGCACAAGAAAGCUUGUGUUUACAACGGGAAGACCUACUCCCACGGGGAAGUGUGGCACCCUGUGUUCCGGCUCUACGGCCUCCUGCCCUGCAUCCUGUGCACUUGCAGGGAUGGUGUCCAGGAUUGCCAGAAGAUCACAUGCCCCAAGGAGUAUCCGUGUGACUCUCCAGAGAAAGUAGAUGGGAAAUGCUGUAAAAUAUGUCCAGAAGCCAGAGUGAAACCCACCGAUGAAAUAAUCACCAGCCAGUGUGGCAAGAACCCCAACCGUGUCCUGGUGUACAUGUUUGUGCCGUCGAGCUCGGAGACCUCCAAGGAGAUCCUCAGGACGAUCGCAAUCGAGAAGGAAUCGUCUGAAGAAGUGGAAAUCUACAACUGGAAGCUGAUUAAAGGGAUAUUUCAUCUGAUACAGACCAAGAAAAUCAGCAAACAGGAAUUCAAGCAAGAAGCACAGAACUUCAGGCUGAUCACCAGGACAAAUGAAGGUCACUGGAACGUCUUCCGAGCCCAAACAUCAGACCUGAGGGUGACAGAAAGUCCAGAGAAAGAAACAAAGAACUUGUAA